CCAAAGAAUGAGAAGAUGCGUAAAAUAUGGUUGCAACUCGCUCGUAGAGAUCCAAAUGAGAUAGCGGUCUCGACGUGUGUUUAUUUCUGUGAGGAUCAUUUUGAUCUAGAAAGGGAUGUUGAAAACUUUUACCAGUACAGAUUGGGCUUCAGUAAAAAAUUACUUUUGGUGAAAGGAGUUUUGCCAUCGAAAUUACACUGCCAACAAAAUCGCAGCAAAAGAUUCAGUGAUUGUAGUACAUCCAGAAGACAAAAAAAUUGCUUUAUUCGAGAAUGUGAAGCAACAGCUCAGUCAAGUUCAGAAAAUGUGAUUGCUACCAGUAACGAAAGUGUUGGUAUUGAGAUGCAAAAUGAAUCCUGUAAUGAAAUAACAGCACAACAUUCUGCAGCGGCUAAUAAAUGUAUAGGCCUUCAGAUAAAUUUGGAACCUUAUUGUAGAAGCAAGUCAGUACCGUGCCUUUCGGGGAAACGACCGUCUUUACUUUCCAUUCCACUAAAGGCAUCUACAGGAGAGGAAGCGCCACACGCACUGUCUGGCGAGAUAGAAAUCAAAGAGGAACCAAUAUUGACUGACCCCUACCAGCAAUCACUGGAAGAAAUUGAACAGAUCUUCAUAAAAGAAGAGAACAUUAAAUUGGAAAUUCCUGAAGAUCUCGAGGCAUGUGAUCCACUGCAGUUGGAGGAAGAAGAGCUCAAAACUGAAGCAGAAUCAACAGGUCAUGGCAGUGAACCAGAAAGAUCGUGUUACUGGCUGCCCAUAGGUAGUGAUUGCAGCAGCACUUGUUCUGGCUUUGUUUUCGCCGUUGGCCUGGAGGAUGACAACAGAACUGGUGGCGGUGGCAGUCUGUUUACACGAUUUGGCCUACCUACAGGAAUGGGCAACACCACAGAGUGCACCAUCGAGAAGGAUGCAUUCUGUGAGGUAAAAAACGGGGGAAGUCACGACACACUAUAUUCCUGCAGUGUGUGUCCCAAAACAUUCAGAACUAGGCUUGGCUUGAAGACACACUCACGGUCGCACAGGGGAGAACGUCCCUAUAAAUGUGAAGUGUGCCACAAGGUAUUCAAGUUUCGCAGCAAAUUGAGGAAACACUCGCAAGUGCACACGGGGGAACGUCCAUACACUUGUGGUGUGUGCAAUAAGGCAUUCACAGAAAAGUGCCACCUCAAGAGCCACUCGCGACAGCACACAGGGGAACGACCAUAUGAGUGCAGUCUGUGUCAAAAGAAAUUCUUGUAUAGCUCCAGCUUGAACAUCCAUUUACGUCUGCAUACUGGAGAGCGGCCGUUCGCCUGUAGCGUCUGCCCUAAGACAUUUACGCAAAGUUCUGUGCUGAGGAAUCAUUUGCGAAUGCACACAGGGGAGAGGCCGUACAGUUGCAGAAUUUGUCAUAAGAAAUUCUCGCAAGAAAGCAGUUUGAAGAAUCAUAUUAAUGUCCACACAGGCACCCGCCCAUACAGUUGUGAUUUGUGUCAGAAGAGCUUCAAGAGCAGAGGCAGCCUCUGGAACCACUCGGUAAUACACAGCAAACCGUCUCAAGACCUUCAGACAAACGUGUAGUCAGAUGAGACACUCGCAGCUGCACUCCAGCUAACGCCCUUUCUGCUGUGACGUGUGUCAUAAGUGAUUUAAUACGAGGCAUGACACUGAAAGCCACACUGAAUCUCACGUCAUGCGUGGUGAAAGAACUCCUGAAGUAUGCACCUUUAUUAUAAAGCUUUGGCAAAAAAUGGCUUUUACUCUCCGUUAACGAUAGCGCUACACUGAUAUGCCUUUUUUUGCUUUAGACAGCUGAGGGAAAACUGCCUUAAACAGAAUGGAUAUUACGAACUCAAGGCAAGAGUUCGUCAAGAACGUGGAAUAAUGUAGUGCCGCGACAUGCUUCUGAUUCUCUUUCCAUCUGUGAAGCUAUUAGACCAAUGCGCGAAACCUAAGGACGAAAAUAGAUUUCCCAUGAUGUGUCACUGCCAAGUAACAUAGCCUGAUGAAACUUUGAACAUAUGUGGGAAGAACACCUGUUGUAUUGUACAUUAAGUAACUGAAAGAAAUACGCGACAAGAUGAACAAAGGAGAGACGGUGUAUUCGAAGAUAAUGCGAGGGGCGUUCAGUAAGUAAUGUAACACAUUUUUUUCUCGGCCACUUUCGGUUACAAAAAUGUGGAAUUUGUUGUGAGACAUCGUGGAAUAUUCACUCUGCAACCCCUACAGUUCCAUGCAGUUCCGAUAGCUGGCAGCACUGUAAGGUGGGCAUAUCAUCUUGAUUUUUGUGAGUUAUCGAUGUGCAUGUCACAGAGAGAGAGAGAGAGAGCAAGUUGUGUUGCAGUUAAUCUUCGGUCGUGCUAUGACACAAUCUUUGCCACCGCACAGUCUGGCAAGUUCUUACUGAAGUAUGGUAGGCGACGGAUGUAUUCAGAAGUGCUGUGUUGACUUGUGAUUCUAUCUGUUGCGAGAAAGAUUUAUUGUAAGGGACAGGAGAGAUGAAUUGAAUGAAUGAUAUAUUGAAAGGCGAGAAGAAUAUAAAGUUCGAGGUUUUUUUUUGAGAAGUAGCUUGAGGUAAGACAGCAGCACUGCGCAUCUACUUAAUCGGAAUGAUUAUUGUCAGCUAGUUAACUUUGUUCGCUUUCUCAGAGCUAAGGAAAGACCACCCCACUUCCCUUAAUCAUGCAUUUACAUAACUGAUAAAGCUGUUUGAUUUUUAUGGAAAUUCUCUGUUAAUAAAGUACUCUUUUUAAAUCAUUGAUCACUUUGUUAAGCAUAGUAUU